AACUGGAUACAUGGUUUACAGCAGGCCACUAAUGCUGGAAAAAGUACAGAGUCCAGGGAAAGACUUACUUGUAACUUUCUGAAUUCUUGGAUUUUUUUUUUUUUUUUUGCAAUUUUUUAAACUUUCACUAAGGGUUACUGUAGUCUGAUGUGUCCUACCGAGGACUACAAAAUUUGACAAGCUGUACUUUUUCUUAUGCUCAAUGAUUUCUGCUUUAAGCCAAAGGACCACCUAUAAUUUUACUAAGAAUGUCUUCUAAUUCGGAUACUGGAAAUUUACAAGAUUCUCUAAAGCACGGACUUACACCUAUUGGUGCUGGGCUUCCGGACGGACACGGACCCCCUAUCCCCGCCCGCGGCCGCCUUGUCAUGCUGCCCAAAGUGGAGACGGAAGCCCUGGGACUGGCUCGAUCGCAUGGGGAACAGGGGCAGAUGCCGGAAAACAUGCAAGUGUCUCAGUUUAAAAUGGUGAAUUACUCCUAUGAUGAAGAUCUUGAAGAGCUCUGCCCUGUGUGUGGAGAUAAAGUGUCUGGAUACCAUUAUGGGCUCCUCACCUGUGAAAGCUGCAAGGGAUUUUUUAAGCGAACAGUCCAAAAUAAUAAAAGGUACACAUGUAUAGAAAACCAGAACUGCCAAAUUGAUAAAACACAGAGAAAGCGUUGUCCUUACUGUCGAUUUCAAAAAUGUCUAAGUGUUGGAAUGAAGCUAGAAGCGGUAAGGGCUGACCGAAUGCGCGGGGGAAGGAAUAAAUUUGGGCCAAUGUACAAGAGAGACAGGGCCCUAAAGCAACAGAAAAAAGCCCUCAUCCGAGCCAAUGGACUUAAGCUAGAAGCCAUGUCUCAGGUGAUUCAAGCAAUGCCCUCUGAGCUCACCAUCUCUUCUGCCAUUCAGAACAUCCAUUCUGCCUCCAAAGGCCUACCUCUGAACCAUGCUGCCUUGCCUCCUACAGACUAUGACAGAAGUCCCUUUGUAACAUCCCCCAUUAGCAUGACAAUGCCACCUCAUGGCAGCCUGCAAGGUUACCAAACAUACAGUCACUUUCCUAGCCGGGCCAUCAAGUCCGAGUACCCAGAUCCCUACACCAGCUCACCAGAGUCGAUAAUGGGCUAUUCCUACAUGGAUAGUUACCAGACGAGCUCCCCGGCAAGCAUCCCACAUCUGAUACUGGAACUUCUGAAGUGUGAGCCAGAUGAGCCUCAAGUCCAGGCUAAAAUCAUGGCCUAUUUGCAGCAAGAACAAGCUAACCGAAGCAAGCACGAAAAGCUGAGCACGUUUGGGCUUAUGUGCAAAAUGGCUGAUCAAACCCUUUUCUCUAUUGUUGAGUGGGCCAGGAGUAGUAUCUUCUUCAGAGAACUUAAGGUUGAUGACCAAAUGAAGCUGCUUCAGAAUUGCUGGAGUGAGCUCUUAAUUCUCGACCACAUUUACCGACAAGUGGUACAUGGAAAGGAAGGAUCCAUCUUCCUGGUUACUGGGCAACAAGUGGAUUAUUCCAUAAUAGCGUCCCAAGCCGGGGCCACCCUCAACAAUCUCAUGAGUCAUGCACAGGAGUUAGUGGUAAAGCUUCGCUCUCUACAGUUUGAUCAACGAGAGUUUGUGUGUCUGAAAUUCUUGGUGCUCUUUAGUUUAGAUGUCAAAAACCUUGAGAACUUCCAGCUGGUAGAAGGUGUCCAGGAACAAGUCAAUGCCGCCCUGCUGGACUAUACUAUGUGCAACUACCCACAGCAAACAGAGAAAUUCGGGCAGCUACUUCUUCGACUACCCGAAAUCCGGGCCAUCAGCAUGCAGGCUGAAGAAUACCUCUACUAUAAGCACCUGAACGGGGAUGUGCCCUAUAAUAACCUCCUUAUUGAAAUGUUGCAUGCAAAAAGAGCUUAGGUUCCAACCCCUAAAAGCUCUGCUUUCAAAACAAAAAGAGAUUGGUGGGGGGGAAAAAAGAAGAACAGGAAGAAAAGGAAAAAAAAAUACUCUGAACUGCUCCAAGCAACACUAAUUAAAAACUUGGUUUAAAGAUAUUGAGUUUAAAAAGGCAUAAUAAUCAAAUACUUAAUAGCAAAUAAAUGACGUAUCAGGGUAUUUGUAUUGCAAACUGUGAAUCAAAGGCUUCACAUCCCCAAAGGAUUUCAUAUAAAAGACAUUGUAACGGAGUGGAUUGAACUCACAGAUGGAUACCAACCCCAUAUCGGAAUAAAAAUGGACAGAACAAUUCUUGUAUAUUUAAACUGAUCUCCGCUGUGAAGAAAUUUAGGAACUGAUCUGUGUUAUUAAUUAGGCUUAUACAGCAGGGGAUUUGAGCUUACAGAAUGCCUCCAUGGUAAAGCUGAACUAAAACAACUCAAAAAAUCCAUCGGCUACACCUGUAAUAGCCCUUCCCUCUUCCUUUCAAGGACCCAGCACCUUCUGUCCUAUGAUCACGGAAUCUGUCCUUACGGAUUUGUGCUCAGCCACACCCACUAGUAGCUCCACCAAAUCAUGAAAAGCCUAAUUUUGAAUGUCUAUGUCUUAGACCAGCAAACAGCUAAUAAGAACAGUCUACAAUAUGUUAGCUUGCCAUUUGAAAUAUGUUCUGGUUUGUUUUGUCAUGUGUUCAUGUUUAAAAAAAAAAGCAGACAGUAUCCCUCUUCUGAUCUUAUAUAAGCAUUAAUUAAUAUUAAGGGAAAAGACUACAAAUUUAAAGCAAAUGCUCCAUAGCUAAAGCAAGCUAGACCUUAUUUCUGUUAUUGUUACUGAAACGUGGCUUUGGCAUUGUCAGAUUUCAUAAAAAUUUCUUGCCAAAAGGCUUGUUAGGGUACAUCCAUCUUUUGAACCAUCAAAGUUUGUAGUUCAUUUGAAAAUAAAACCUGAAACAUAUCUUACUGGGAUGUCAAAUAGUCACAGUGCUAAGUAGUUUAAAAUAAAACCGAAGCAUGUUAAGCUAUUCAAAAAGAAAGAAAAAGGUGAGCUAAUAAAUUGCCUCAAGUCUCCUGCUUGUUGCAGUUGAACAUCCCCUAAACAUAGAAUGGCAACAGUGAUUCCUACAUAUGGACUGGAAAGAUACUAAAGCAAUUCCAAUCUUCCCCAAAAGGGAAAGGAAGAGAGUGAUACUGACCUUUCUGAGUCAUAGACCAAAGUCUGCUCUAGAACAAAUAUUGAAGGACAAAGAAUUGCAAAACAAACUCUCCAAACAACGAUAGCAGUAUUAUUGACAUGUAAUGCCACAGGUAUGGAAGUCUUGCCUUAUUUCACAAUUCUGAGAGGUAGCUGUGCAGAUGUGGAUCAACAUUUGUCUAAAAUAAAGUAUUAAUACUUUCAAGUCAAAUAAAAGAUAGUGUUUACAUUCUUUAGGUCCUGUGGGGGGAGGGGGGGAACUGUGAUAUUACAAAAUAGCUAAAGCAGUGUAAUUUCCUUAAUGUUAUUUUUCUGAUUGGUAAUUAUUUUUAACAGUACUUAAUUAUUGUAUGUCGUGAGACACUAAAAUCAACAACGGGAAUCUCAUUUAGACUUUGAUUUUUUUGAGAUUAUCAGCGGCACAAUCACUUGUAAAAACUGUAAAAACUAAAAGUAUCUCCUAGUCCCUU